AGGAAGAGGAGGAGAUUCAAAGAGUUGUUGAUUUCUUUAGAGAUAUGGGUUGACAGUGGUGACGAUGGAUAGAAGAGGUGGGUUGUGGUGGUUGUGAAGGGGGUGGUGAGGUUGAGAAGUGGAGGAGAUUGCUGGAACGGGGACGGAGACGGGGAAGGUAAGGGGUGCCGGAAAUGGAAACGGGGAAGGUGAGGGGUUGUCGGAGGUGGCAGAGCUGCUGCCUACCGGAGGUGGCAGUGGUGGGUUUGGUUUAUUUUUUAUAAUGUAAUUUUGAUUUUAUAUUUUGUGGUCCCUAAGUUGGGAAACUGGUCGGAAUUAGAUAAGGGUGGUGAAAUGUACUGAUUUUGACAUUAAUGGGUGGUAUUUUUUAAUUUCGAAAUAAAUGGGUGGUUAGUUCAAUACAGGGUAAUUUUAGGGUGAUUAUUUACAAAACAAAUUCUUAUUUUACUAUAUUUUUUUCCCUCCAAUUUCUCCAAUAGUAUUUUAUCUCUUUGUUGGGCAUUGUUCUUCCCCAAUUGAACACAACAACCAGUUGGAUCUCUUCACCAAACUACAAAUUUGCUUCACUGAACUUCAAUUAACACAAAAUCGAAGCCGGAAACAAGACAUUCUGAAAUAAUCUUCAGGUUCGAUGGGGUCUCGUUUGCAAAUUGAAGGCGAUGAGUCAGUCCUUUGUCGUGUAACACAUUCGAAUCUUAAAAGCUUCAAUGCUGAUAUUCGCUUCUCACUUCAGAUGACUGUGGAAGCCAUGAAAGAGAAGCUCUGGAAAAAAUGUGGUACCACUGUAGAUUCAAUGUCCCUUGAGCUUUAUGAUGACGCAGGAGCUAAAAUUGCUGAUCUCACUGAUAAUGCAAGAUCCUUUGGGUUCUAUUUUCCAAUGGAUGGAUAUCGGCUGCAUGUUGUAGAUCUUGACCCAGCAUCAGUAACUUCUGGUGGCUGGCUGGAAGACAUGUCUUUGGUGGAGAAAUACAAAAUUUCUGAUGAAGCCUAUAAACAACGUGAUGGUACUUUUAGAAAAUUCAAGGAAAAGUUAGAACUUAAAAGCCCUUCAGGUGCCAGUACUAAGUUACCUGAAAAUUACAUGGAAGAUCUUUGUGCUAAUAUCAAGGUGGGAGAUAGAUGUCAAGUUCAACCAGGAGACAAACGUGGUAUUGUGAAAUAUGUCGGCCAAGCAGAAAAUCUAGGCCCUGGUUUCUGGGUUGGAGUUCAGUAUGAUGAACCGCUGGGGAAGCAUGAUGGAUUGGUCAAAGGGACUCGCUACUUUGACUGUCCACCACUUCACGGUGCGAUGGUUAGACCAGAUAAAGUACAGGUGGGAGACUUUCCUGAACGUGAUCCAUUCGAAGAAGAGGAGAUAUAGAAACAGGCCCAAACGGCUGAUAUAACAUCUAAAAUUCUUAUUUGUCAAGUAUUUUUGCCGAUGUUCUUCAAUUGAGAUAAGUACAUUGCUGACCUGCUACUGAAAUGGAACUUUACCGGCCUUGCUGUAAGAAAAUAGAAGAAAAAGAUUUCUAUCCUUUAUUCAUUUUUUCGUGUUUUUUCCGAAGUUGUGGAUAUAUAUUUCAGUAUUUGUCUUGUCACCAGAAUUCUACAGCAAUUAAAUUGAAGAUUUGCGUGCA